AAGUGCAGAAUGAUCACAAGCAGGACAGAGCUGCUGUGGAUUCCAAGACAAUAAUCCCUCACUCUACAAUGCCUGGCCUUAUCCCAUCAAUCACAACACAUUUCAACAUGGAUAGAGAUGACUGCAGAAGAAAUGCGGAGCUGUAAGUGCAAUAUUGGAGAAUUUUUACAGAUCUGGCUGGGAUGCUUGUGAGAACAAGGGUUGGAUUAGGAAAGAACCUCAUGUGUCGACUAAAGUGCAUGUUCUCCAGCUCAUCUGCUCCUGAAAGCAGGCUAUGUUUAGAAGAGACACACCAAUGGUCUCAGUCUCUGGAGCGACUCCUGGGCUCAAAAUAUGGCUUGGCCACGUUCCGCACCUUUCUAAAAUCAGAAUUCAGUGAUGAGAACAUUGAAUUCUGGCUGACGUGCGAGGACUACAAGAAGAUAACAUCAUCUCAUAAGAUGUCCUCAAAGGCAAAGAAAAUCUUCAAGCAAUUUGUUGAAGCUGAAUCUCCAAAAGAGAUAAAUAUCGACUAUCACACGCGGGAGGAAAUUAAGAGGAAUGUACGGACUCCGACGGUGCAGUGUUUUGAUGAGGCUCAAAAUAUUGUAUACGGACUGAUGGAACGUGAUUCUUACCCCAGAUUUCUACGAUCUGAGAUGUACAGGACCCUCCUGGAAUCCCUUGCAACGGAUACUGCCCAAGGAUGACUGUAUGGAUAUAUAACACCAAUGCUAAAACUGGAAUGGUCUGGUCUUCUAUGCAAGAGAGAUGACAAGAAUCCCAAAGCUGGUGCCCCCACCAAGGUGGAUCAACCUCCAAAGAACCUCUGAAACAAGAAGGAGUCAAGAAGGUAGAGCCUCCUCUUUUGUACUCUCAUUCUACAACAAGUUUUGGAGCAUACCAAAUCAAAAUGGAUUACAAAUAGAAGUCUCACGGCACUAACUCUACAGUUAGCCCUAAAAACAUUAUUAGUGUGCAAGCUGGGGGUGCUUCCUGUCUAGAUAAGGAUGCAGCUCCUUCAAGCCUUUCCGGUGGUUUCUGAAGCUACAGCAUGGGCACAACACUAUUGUCUCUUCAUGGCACUUCCAGAAGAUCUUUAAAAAACUGUUUAGCCAAUUACUUUUCCCCCCUCCCCUUUUCUUCCCAAUUUGGAAUGCUCAAUUCCCAAUGCGCUCUAAGUCCUCAUGGUGGUGUAGUUGCCUCAAGUUGUAGACUUGCCUCAAUCUGGGUGGCGGAGGACGAAUCUCAGUUGCCUCCGCAUCUGAGACCAUCUUUUAUUGCUGAGCUACCCAUGCCCUCGGCUUUGUUAACAAAUACCUCCACAGCCUGUUGGUUGAGGUGGUUAGGACAUUCUAGCGAGAAGAUUUGGACAUACCCUAUUUCAGCAUUGUUGCCUAUUGCCUCACAGAUGUAUAACAUUAAAUGAAUGUGUGAUCUAAUGACCUACUUGAAAAGUAAAGGUGAAAAAAUAAUUGUAGCAUGUGUGCCACAAACACAUAAAAACUGUAGGCAUUACAUUACUUGUAAUGACAUAAUGUUUAAUUUAAAAGCUAAUACUAUUUAUUAACCACAGCCACUGGUUGGAUGUUGACUUUGGUCCAUUUACUAUAAUAAAUUAAGACUUUAAAAUAAAGAUUGGACA